AUGUCUACGCCGGUAGACCCAUCACCUCUAACCAAGGUCGAAACGCAUCAGGAAACGGGCCCCGUGCCUCAGCAAAUACAAUCCGAUGAAACAGCCUCGUCCGUGUCUGUUUCCUCACAGCCUGAACGAGAUGACGUUAAGCCCGAGGAGACUCCUAAAUUCGUCCCUACCACCAGCUUCCUGCUGGCCUUCACUGCGCUGGCCGUCCUGACGCUGAUGGUGGCAUUGGACGGGACAUCGUUCAGCGUGGCGUUGCCCGUCAUUGCGAAGAAGUUGCACGGCACGGCCAUCGAAGCGUUCUGGGUAGGGACGUCGUUCUUGUUGGCCUCGACGGUCUUUCAACCCAACUAUGGCUCCUUUAGCCACAUUUUCGGACGAAUGCCAGUCAUCAUGGUCUCGAUUGCUUUGUUUUUUAUAGGCGUCAUGAUGGCCGGCAUGGCCAAGAACUUUGAUCUUCUGUUAGCCGGUCGGACGAUCCAGGGCAUCGGCGGUGGUGGCAUCAUGGCCAUGACCGAAAUCGUGGUCACCGACCUCAUCCCUCUCCGCUGGCGAGGACAAUGGACCGGCGUACUGGCGGGAAUGUGGAGUAUCGGAAGCGUGUCGGGGCCCAUUAUCGGCGGAGCAUUCGCAGAAUCACAGUGGCGGUGGCUCCUCUGGCUCAACCUUCCCUUCAUCGGCAUCGGAGUCGUCAUGGUGCCUGUGUUCCUCCGACUCAAUGUCAUCCCGCAGAGUAUGGUCGCGAAGCUGCGCCGGGUCGACUGGAUCGGCACCGUUCUUAUUGUCGGCAGCUUGACGAGUAUCCUCAUUCCGCUGACGUGGGGCGGCGUCAUGUACUCCUGGUCGUCGUGGCGGACGUUGGUGCCGCUGCUGGUUGGGGCGGCGGGCUGCGUGGGCUUCUGUUUCUUCGAGGCAUACCUGGCGCCCGAGCCGCUGAUGAGGCUGUCGGUGUUCGGCAACCGCACGGCCAACCUGGCCUUUUUCUGCACGGCGCUGCACGGUAUGAUCCUCUGGUGUCUGCUGUACUACCAGCCUCUGUACUUUGAAGCAGUCAAAGGAUACAAGCCGGUCGUGGCGGGCGUGGCCUUGUUCCCGGCCACCUUCACCGUCGCGCCCAUCGGGGUGGUGACUGGGAUCCUGAUCGCAAAGACGGCCGCUUAUCGCUGGUCCAUCUGGACCGGCUGGGUAAUCACUGUGCUCGGCCUGGGGCUUUUGCUCUUGCUCGACGUCGACACCACGAUCCCGCAGUGGAUCUUCAUCGAUUUGGUCUCGGGCAUCGGUCUAGGCAUGUUGUUUCCAUCCCUCCAAUUCCAGCUGCAAGCCGCGAGCACCAACAAGGACAUGGCCUUUGCCGUCUCCAUGUUCAUCUUCUUCCGCAAUUUCGGCAUGUCCGUCGGUGUCGCCAUCGGCGGCGUAAUUUUCCAGAACGAGAUGGUCAAAAACCUCAAGCACUACCCGGACCUGGCUGCCCAGGCCAGCUCGUUGGCCGCGGAUGCCGCCGCCCUCGUCCAAAUCAUUAACGACACCCCCGCGGGUCAGCGAAAGCUGGAGCUGCGCACCGCCUACGUUAAGAGUCUGCGCACCGUCUGGAUCGUCCUCACCGCCUUGGCUGCCGUGUGUCUCAUCGCCAGUUACUUCGUCAAAGCAUACGACAUGAAUGUCGCCCUUGAGACCGAACAGGGUCUUGUCCACAAACCGCGCAACAACAAAGCUUCCCAGACCGAAGAGGGUUUGGCUAUAGCCGAGAAGAACGUGCCGGGAGAAGCUUGA